GCGCUGAAAACCGUUGGUGCUCUUUGAGUGUGGUUAUUUUUUCAACUUGUUUAGAAUGAUUUUGCACAAAAUAUUUUUUGAUACCAUUUAAUCUGCAUUUAAAUAAGUCGGUCGUGUCAAAAAGAGAAUCUUUUGUGAAAAUGUACUCCAUCUGAAUUGAAAUUGAGGCACCUUUUGCUGGGGCCCUCGCAAGUUACCACCAAUCUUUACUCCGACCCUGUUUAAAUACAUAUGUGUUUGUGUAACUUACACUAUUUUGUACUUCUUAAGUAAAAAUACACCUGUAAAAUGUCCCACGUCCCAUAAAACAAGUUGAAGUUCGUGGAUUUUUUCCAACUAAAAAAUAUCAAUAAUGGCGCCGCCGGCUGCUCGGCAUCGGUACAAUGUAAAUAAAUCCGAUAAUCAUACGUCCUUUUCCAAAAAGGCGUUACGCAAAAUAAUUAAAGAUCCAAAAGAAUCCAAAAACAAAGAUAAGUCUCAGCCUCCCGUAUCAUCUACAAAAGCAAACGCUAUCGUCCCCGGUGUUGACACCGCUUUUAAAACAUUCGUUAGCGCUCGAUUAUGCAGUGCCAUUUGGUCGUACAUCUCUGAUUGUGAUGAAACAUUCAACUACUGGGAACCCCUACACUACAUCAUCAACGGCCAUGGGCUGCAAACAUGGGAGUAUAGUCCUCAAUUUGCUUUGCGCUCGUAUACAUACCUCCUCCUGCAGGGCGUGCCCGGGUGGAUCUAUCAAAAACUGUUUCAACCUUCGCCAGUCUUAAUAUUCUAUAUGAUUCGGUGCAUCCUGGGAUUUGGUUGCGCUGUUAUGGAACGAUACAUGUACAAAGCUAUUUGCCGAGAAUUUGGCAUACAUAUCGGGAGACUGUGGCUCAUUUUCCAGUUAUUUAGCGUUGGAAUGUUUGUAUCGAGCACAGCUUUGUUGCCAAGUUCCUUUUCCAUGUAUUUUGGAUGUGCUGCGUUGGCCGCCUGGUGGCAACAGAGCUACAAUCUGGCCGUUUUUCUCACAGCUAUAUCAACUCUUCUAGGUUGGCCAUUUGCAGUUCUGAUUGGAGUUCCGAUUGCAUUCGACAUGCUAGUCCGACAGCGAAUGUACAGAUCGUUUACUAUGUGGGCGUUAAUAUCUGCUGCCACCAUUGGUAUACCAAUGGUUUUGAUCGACUCCAGUUACUUUGGCCGAGUGGUUUUUGCACCGCUGAAUAUUGUGAUUUACAAUGUCUUUACCAGCCAUGGACCAAAUCUCUAUGGAACUGAACCGUUGAGUUAUUAUUUUAUCAAUGGAUUUCUUAACUUCAAUGUAGUCUGGAUUGCAGCUAUUAUCACUCCUCCAAUGCUACUCCUCGACUACUUCUUUAUUCCAGCUAGAUCAAAGAGCACCUUGCAUCUACCACAUUACCUUAGUUUGGCUCCGUUUUUCCUCUGGUUGGCAGUGUUCCUCCUUCAACCGCACAAGGAAGAACGAUUUCUAUUCCCCAUGUAUCCGAUGAUCAGCCUCUGUGGGGCUAUAACGGUCGACGUUUUCCAAAGAAUAUUCUUCAGGCUGAAAACAAUCUUCACAAAGCUUGCAGCUGGGGCACACUAUCUCGACCAUACUAUGUUCAUUCCGCUGCUAUUUAUGUUAGUAAGUACGCUUUUGGGGAUGUCCAGAGUAUUUUCUCUGUAUCGUAAUUACCAUGCACCAAUGGACCUGCUGAUAGAACUGAAUCAGUUUAAAGCUGCUCCGGACUUUAGUGCCGAUAAAAUCUACAAUGUUUGUGUCGGCAAAGAUUGGUAUAGGUUCCCGGGUAGCUUCUUCCUUCCAUCCACAAAUUUCCGCAUUCGAUUUCUUCAGUCGGAAUUUAAAGGAAUUCUUCCCGCAUACUAUGAAGGAGGUGAAAAUGCUACCACCAUUGCACAUCCCUACUUUAACGAUAUGAAUCAGGAAAAUGAGUAUAUGUACUUUGACUACAACAAAUGUCAUUUUCUGAUCGACUUAGACGAAGGAAAAUAUACCGAACUAGAACCCAAUUAUGCAGUCAGACUAAGAGAGUGGUCAGUGUUAAAGAGUUUACCAUUUUUAAUUCAAGAAAAAUCACAUAGACUACUUCGUGCGUUUUACAUUCCAUUCUUGACUGACAAUCACACAACUUAUGGCAACUUUAAUUUACUGAAGAGAAAAAAGUGGAAACAGAGCUAAGGAUGUAACUAGGAUCCACAUCAUUCAACAUUUAAUUUGGAUUUGGGUCUAUUUAAAAGGAAUAGACUUAUUCUGAAUUUAGAUCCUGGCUCAGGAAGCAUUUACAUAAAUGAAAAAUUAGUGGUAUAGUAUUGAUUUAUAUUUGCGUAAAAUUGUAUAUGCAUUUCGGUAGAAUAAUUUUUCGUGCUUGUAAUUUUUAUUUUUAUUAGAAACAUUAUUCAACAACGACCUUGAUACUGAUUUAAAAAAAAAUAAUUGUUAAACUAACCAAAGAUUAAGUAACAAUAGCAUAGGAUUCUUAAGAAUGAAAUAAAUUAAUACAGAUGAAAAU